GACAUGAUUGUCUUGACAGAUGGAAGUCGUAUUCUUGGCCUUGGUGACCUUGGAGUUCAGGGAAUAGGAAUACCUAUAGGAAAGCUGGAUAUGUAUGUUGCUGCUGCUGGCAUAAACCCUCAAAGAUGAAAGAGGCACUAUCGGCAAUGACAUGUACAUGUGAUUUUAAGCAAGAACCAGGAGAGUGAGAGUUUACUGUGCCGUGUUUAGAAUUUGCUGAUAUCUUUUUCCCGUUCAAGCAAGUAUUCCUGAUAGUGGGGAUUCUUCCAGUAAUGCUAGAUAUUGGUUCUAACAACGAGAAGUUACUUAAUGAUCCUCUUUGAAACGGAAAGAGCAAAGUUGACAGAGUUGGAUGAAAGGACUAUAUAUGAGGAGAGAACAUGAUCAUUCUGAAGCUGAAAGAGCUCAGCAAAUAAAACAUUUGCAUGAACUUGAAGAACACAUUCAUGAGAAAGAGCGGCAGCUUCUUGAGUUACAGAAGCAGAUUCUUGAUGCAUUUUCAAGUUGUUACUCAUAUGCUAACAAGGUCAUACAACUAUCUUUUUUCAACACUAAUUCUCAAGCAAUGGUUGCCAGAGGUGAUCUUGGUGCAGAACUUCCUAUUGAAGAGGUUCCUCUUGCAGGUUGACAUGAUUGUCUUGACAGAUGGAAGUCGUAUUCUUGGCCUCGGUGACCUUGGAGUUCAGGGAAUAGGAAUACCUAGAUUGGAGGGAGAAGAGUAUCUAUCAAUUGUUGAUGAUUUUAUGGAAGCCGUGCAUACAUGUUGGCCUAAAGCUAUUGUUCAGUUUGAGGAUUUUCAAAUGAAAUGGCCUUUUGAAACAUUACAACGUUAUCGUAAGAGGUUCUGCAUGUUCAACGAUGACAUACAAGGAACUGCUGGUGUUGCUCUCGUUGGACUAUUGGGAACUGUGAGAGCUCAAGGGCGGCCAUUGAGUGAUUUUGUUAACCAAAAGAUAGUAGUGGUAGGGGCUGGAAGUGCAGGGCUCGGUGUUCUUAACAUGACUAUUCAGGCUGUUUCGAGAAUGGCAGGGAACAACGAUUCUAGUUUACUUUAUCAAAAACAAAGAAGAAAAGGAAGGGACCACAAGAAAUCAAUGGUGGAAUCGAUCAGGCAGGGUGUGGAAAAUUACAACUCAGUUUUUGUUUUCACUGUUGAGAACAUGAGAAACCUCAAGUUCAAGGAACUCAGGGAGCAGCUGAAGUCAGCUAGCAGGGUGGUACCUGUUCACCAAGAUCCAAGAGAGCUCGAGGGACUCAGUGAAGGAGCCAAUUUAUUAGAAGUGAGUUUUGUAGGCUGGAGGGAAGUUUUUGAAUUGCCUUCUGAAGGAGUGGGGUUACAAUUUUUGGCGUCCUUUUUUACGGAGCUUCUUUGA